AUGGCACCACGAACUCCAUCUGACAAGUUGGGUCAUGGUAAAACAUUAGAAAUUCCUCAAUAUGAUGAUGACGAUGCUUCAUCAAUAAAUUCAAAUACUCCAUUACAAGAAAAUGAUAUAAAAAAGCAACAAGAUCAACAACAACAACCAAAAAUAUCAUUAGAUGAAACAAGAUCAUCAAAACCACCACAAAAAUUUUCAACAAAUCCAAAUCAAACUUCAUUAUCAUUACAUAAAUUAGCAUCAAGAUUAUCAACUUCUACAUCAAGAAAAAAUUUAGGUAAUUUUAUAUCACCACAAGAAUUAAUUGCAUUACAUGAUCCAAAAUCUUUAAAAUAUCUUUAUGAAAUGGGAGGAUUUGAAAAAUUAUGUUCAUUAUUACAAACUAAUCCAAAUAAAGGAUUAGAUGGUUCAAAUGAAAAAGAUUUUGAAAAUAGAAGAAAUAAUUUUGGUAUAAAUAAAUUACCACAAAAAGUACUGAAAUCAUUUUUUAGAUUAUGUUAUGAAGCUUUUAAAGAUAAAGUAUUAAUUAUAUUAUCUAUAGCAGCAGUUGUUUCUUUAGCAUUGGGGUUAUAUGAAACAUUUGGAAGUGGAACUCAUUAUGAUGAUGAAGGUAAACCAUUACCAAAAGUAGAUUGGGUUGAAGGUGUUGCUAUAUUAGUUGCUGUUUGUAUAGUUGUAAUAGUUGGAGCAGCAAAUGAUUAUCAAAAGGAAAGACAAUUUGCAAAAUUAAAUGCUAAAAAGGAAGAUCGUGAAUUAAUUGUUGUUAGAAAUGGUGAACAAAAGUUAAUAAGUAUUUAUGAUUUAUUAGUUGGUGAUAUUAUAAAUUUACAAACUGGUGAUGUUGUACCUGCUGAUUGUAUAUUAUUUCAAGGUGAAGUUGAAUGUGAUGAAUCUGCUCUUACUGGUGAAUCAGCAACCAUUAAAAAAUUCCCAGUAAAAGAAUGUAUGGAAAUUUAUGAAAAAAAUUUACCAACUGAUGAAGAUAUUGGUAGUCAACAAAUAAAAUUUAAAGAUCCUUAUUUAAUUUCAGGUGCUAAAGUAUUAUCAGGUUUAGGAAAUGCUGUAGUUACUGCUGUUGGAUCAAAUUCAAUACAUGGUAGAACAAUGGCAAGUCUUAAUGUUGAAGCAGAAACUACUCCAAUGCAAGUUAGAUUAGAUAAUUUAGCUGAAGGAAUAUCAAAAUAUGGUUUUUUAGCAGCUAUUAUAUUAUUUAUUGUAUUAUUUAUAAGAUAUUGUGUUGAUAUUGCACCUGGUGGAACUUUCCAUCAAUUAAAAUCAGCAGAUAAAGGUAAAAAAUUUAUUGAUAUUAUUAUUACUGCAGUAACUAUUGUUGUUGUUGCUAUACCUGAAGGUUUACCAUUAGCAGUUACUUUAGCAUUAGCAUUUGCUACAACAAGAAUGGCACAGAAUGGUAAUUUAGUAAGAGUUUUAAAAAGUUGUGAAACUAUGGGAGGAGCAACAGCAGUUUGUUCAGAUAAAACAGGUACUUUAACUGAAAAUAAAAUGAGAAUAGUUCGAGGAUUUUUUGGAUUAAAACAAGAUGGUGAAUUAUUAGAAUUUGAUGAUACUGCAGCUGAUAAUAAAUAUGAACCAACUUCAAAACAAGCAAUUGAAGAAAUUACACCAGAAUUAAGAAUUUUUUUAACAACAAAUAUGAUACUUAAUUCAACUGCAUUUGAAAAUUCAGAUUAUGAUGAAACAAAAGCUUUAGCAGCAAAACAAAGACCACCAAAAAAGAAUUUUUUACAAAGUAUAUUUCAAAAAAAUCUGCAAAAAAAUAAUCAACAAUUAGGUAUGGAUAAUGAACCAUAUUUAGGAAACAAAACAGAAUCUGCAUUAUUAUUAUUAGCUAAAAAGACAUUUGGAAGUUUUGACCACAAAACAUUAGAAGAAAUUAGAAAAGAAAAUCAUUCAGAUAUUGUACAAAUUAUACCAUUUGAAAGUUCAAGAAAAUGGGCAGGUAUAGUUAUGAAAAUUGAAAAUGGUUUCAGAGUUUAUGUUAAAGGAGCAGCAGAAAUUAUUUUUAAAAAUUGUGGAUUUGAAAAUAAUGAUAAAGGUGAAUUAAUUAAAUUAGAUAGAACAAAAAGAGAUGCAGUAUUAAGUAAAAUUGAUGAAUAUGCAAAUGAUGCUUUAAGAGCAAUAGCAUUAGGUCAUAGAGAUUUUUGUGGUAUUAAAUCAUGGCCACCAAAAGAUUUAAUUGAUGAAUCAAAUAGCAACACCACCGAAGCUGAUCCUACAAAACUUAUAAAUGUCACUCAAACUGCAAGUGAAAUAAAUAAACAAUUUGUAUUAGAUGCAUUAGUUGGUAUCCAAGAUCCUUUAAAACCAGGAGUUGCACAAGCUGUAUUACAAUGUAAAAGAGCAGGAGUUACAGUUCGUAUGGUUACUGGAGAUAAUUUAAAUACUGCAAAAGCUAUAUCAAAAGAAUGUCAUAUUUUAACACCAGAUGAUUUAUCAAAUGAAUAUGCAUAUAUGGAAGGUCCAACAUUUAGAAAAUUAUCACAACAAGAAAGAAAUAAAAUUGUACCUCAAUUAAAAGUAUUAGCAAGAUCAUCACCAGAAGAUAAAAGAAUAUUAGUUGAUACAUUACGUAAAAGAGGUGAUGUUGUUGCAGUUACUGGGGAUGGUACAAAUGAUGCACCAGCUUUAAAAUUAGCAGAUGUUGGAUUUUCAAUGGGUAUAGCAGGUACAGAAGUUGCAAGAGAAGCUUCUGAUAUUAUAUUAAUGACUGAUGAUUUUACAGAUAUUGUUCAAGCUAUAAAAUGGGGUAGAACAGUUGCAACAUCUAUCAAAAAAUUUAUUCAAUUUCAAUUAACUGUUAAUAUUACAGCAUGUGUAUUAACAUUUGUUUCUGCAGUUGCAUCAUCAGAAAAUCAAUCAGUUUUAACAGCAGUUCAAUUAUUAUGGGUUAAUUUAAUUAUGGAUACUUUAGCAGCAUUAGCAUUAGCAACAGAUAAACCAGAUGAUUCAUUUUUAAAUAGAAAACCAGCAGGUAGAACAGCACCAUUAAUUUCAACAUCAAUGUGGAAAAUGAUUUUAGGACAAUCAACAACACAAUUAAUUAUAACAUUUAUAUUACAUUUUGCAGGAAAACAAUUAUUUUUCCCAAAUCAUCAUCAUAUAAGUAAUCAUCAAGAAAAACAAUUAGAUGCAAUGACAUUUAAUACUUUUGUAUGGUUACAAUUUUGGAAAUUAUUUGUAACUAGAAAAUUAGAUGAAGCAGAUGAAAUUAAAACUAUUAGAGGUAGAUUUACAUUAGAAAAUUUAAAUUUUUUCCAACACCUUUUCAGAAAUUGGUAUUUUAUAAGUAUUGCUCUUAUAAUUGGAGGAUUUCAAGUUUUAAUUAUGUUUGUUGGAGGUGCAGCUUUCAGUAUUGCAAGACAAACUCCAGGAAUGUGGGCAACAGCAAUAUUAUGUGGAUUUAUAUCAAUACCUGUAGGAUUAUUAAUUAGACUUGUUCCAAAUUGGUGGGUUGAAAAAAUAUUCCCAACAAAAGCAUUUAAUAAAUUUAUUUAUAUAGUUGGAUUUAAAUGGUUGAAAAAAUCUAAAAAAUCAGAUUUAGAGUAUAAUAAUAAUAAUGAAGAUGAUGAGAAUAAUAAUUUAGAAAUUAGUCGACAAAAUCAAUUAGUUACUGAUAGUGAUGAUACUAAUGAUCAUUUACAUGAUAAAUUAAUUGAUAAAAAAUAG